AAUUCUAUGUCCACUACCGCCCAACCAGCAGCAGCUUCGGCGGUUGUCGUUUGUGUAUUAAAUUUAUUUUUAAUUGAAUUUUAAACACUUUCGGGCGUUCCGUGUGUGGCCGAAACGCAAAUCGUCGCAAAAAGCUUCCGCCGGAACGUCACCGGUUCGAAAGGCCCAUUUUUCUGGCGGGGUGGAUGGACAACAAGUCAUCUAAAUUUUGGCCAGCCAACACACGUGGCUCACGGCGACUACAACGGUCAAACCGAACUUGCGUGGUUUUUCUGGGGUGGUGAGAAUAGCCAAGAAGCAUCGGACACAUGGACCAUCGGGAUGGAUCAUCAACGGGGCAAGCACCAGAUUCGACGGACAGAGCCGGACGUCACGUCAAUCGAUAUGGGGACCAUGUCCACUAGGUCGUAGUUUUGAUCAAUCGUGGACACAACCGUGAACCGCUGAGCGUACACAACCUUGGCGAAACUGUCGUCAGAACGUCGCGAAGCAGAAGAAAGAAAAAGAAGGUUAAAUCAAAAUCAAAACAAACACAGCGAUUCCAGUGAAAACUCACGGCACGCGAUGGCCAACAUGGAAAACGGUUGACGUCGGUUCCCCGACGUGGUCAGAUUGAAGAUGAAGUGUUACUCAAAGUCAAUAAAGUGCGAAAAGAUGAAAGUCGAGCAGCGCAGCUUGUGUGAAGUGACAACGACAGUUGGAAGUCGAGGCGCGUAGAAUUUUGUUAGGUUAGAGGAAGUAAACCCGGGAAUUGUCAAGUUUGUUUACGAAAUGAUGCACAAAGGAAAGAGCAAAAGUGGUGCCAACCUUAUAAUACAGCAGUGUUGAGUCGAGUUCACCAGCCAUGGCCGCAUCCACGAGGGGUGCCGGGUCGGCGGUUGGUGGCCGCCGAGUGACAGAAGCGUCCUUUACCUGGCCAUCGUGGCCGUGGUCCUCGUCACGGACGGUUACCGAGAGUAGUAGUGGUGGUGGUGUAGGUAGUGGUAGCAGAAGUACGAGGGAUGGUGGCUCAACGACGGCCUCCAGCUGGACGUCCGCGGCCACUUCAACGGGGAGUGUCUCCGGUGAUGAGCGGGACGCCCUGCUGGAUGAUGAUUACGACAGCACGUCGUUUCUGGACGACCUGCUCAGAAAUGACAACGGCAGCAGUAGUGGUAGUGGUGGAGACCUCUUCACUGAACUGCUGUCAAACUUCAGUGGGACGACGGCGAGCUCCGCGGCGAAUUACACGACCGAGUUCAGCGUCAAUGUCAACGUGUCGAGCAGUGCUGCCAGCGUCGUCGCAGCGGAGCGCAGUUCUCGGCUGUCGCUGGGCGCCAUGCCGGAUCUGCUCGAGGAGGACGAGCUGAUGGCGUUGUGGAAUUGUACGAACUGCUUUUUGCUCAAUUAUGGGAGUUCCGGAGGGAUCGGAGCCGGUAACGGAAGUAACGGGUUGCUCAAUGUGACCCGGAAUGAGACCGGUGGUUGGGACAGGGACGACUGGAUGUUUUUGAGGCCGAACGGAAGCUUGAGUGGGGGUGAUUUUGGGAGUGAGAAUGGAAGCGGAGGAGGAAUGGUGUUUGACGGAGAGGAUAUGGAGACUACCAUCUACCUGAUACGGGUGAUUGUGACGGCGGUCGUGCUCGGGAUCGUGAUACUGGCGACGGUGAUAGGAAACGUCUUCGUGAUUGCGGCGAUUCUGCUGGAACGGAACCUGCAAAGCGUCGCGAACCAUCUGAUAUUAUCGCUGGCGGUGGCGGACCUGCUGGUGGCCUGCCUCGUGAUGCCGCUGGGGGCCGUGUACGAGGUGUCCAAGGAGUGGCGGCUCGGGGCGGACCUGUGCGACAUGUGGACCUCGAGCGACGUGCUGUGCUGUACGGCGUCGAUUCUGCACCUGGUGGCGAUCGCGCUCGAUAGGUACUGGGCCGUCACGGACAUCGACUACGCCCACCAGCGGACGGCCCGCCGGAUCGGCUACAUGAUCAUCGUGAUCUGGACGCUGUCCGUGCUGGUGUCGAUCGCGCCGCUGCUCGGCUGGAAGGACCCGGAGUGGGAGGCCCGCGUCUACCAGGACCUGCAGUGCAUCGUGUCGCAGGACAUCGGCUACCAGAUCUUCGCGACGGCGUCCAGCUUUUACGUGCCGCUGCUGGUGAUACUGUUCCUCUACUGGCGGAUAUUCCUGGCCGCUCGGAAAAGAAUCCGCCGGAGACAGCAGGGUAAAACAAUUGUGCAAUUGAUACCAAAAACUUUAGCUGCUCAGACCCAUCCUGAACCCUUGGCAAAAGCUUCAUGUAUGGCACUAACAUCGAUUGGUUUCCGCUGGAAGGUAACGGCCUCGCAGCCCAACAACGCGAUCGGCGGCCCGACGGCGAACGUGGUCGGCGGUUCCGGCGGCAUCGCGGCGGCCGUCGUGGCCGUGAUCGGGCGGCCGCUGCCGACGAUCAGCGAAACGACGACGGCCUUCACGAACGUGUCGUCGGCGAACACGAGCCCGGAGAAGGGUUCGCUCGGGAACGGGCUGGAGCGGGAUCGGAUCGACGUGGACCCGCCGACGGCGGACCUCUCGGUGGCGUACCCAUCGGGCGGGGGUUGCGGUCCGGGGCCGUCCUCUUCGAAGCCAUCGAUCGCCAAGAAGAAGAACCAGUCGGCGACGGACUCGAAGCGGGAACGGAAGGCGGCCAAAACGUUGGCCAUCAUUACGGGGGCGUUCGUGUGCUGCUGGUUGCCGUUCUUCAUCAUCGCGAUCUUGCUGCCGACUUGCACCGCCUGUGACAUCUCGCCGAUCGCGAUGAGCGUGUGCCUGUGGCUGGGCUACUUCAACUCGACGCUCAACCCGAUCAUCUACACCAUCUUCUCGCCCGAGUUCCGGCACGCGUUCAAGCGGAUCCUGUGCGGCCGGAAGCACAGCCUGCGGCGGGCCCGCAACGUGCGCCACCUCAGGUAAGACGAGGCCACCCAGCUGGAUGGCGGCGGAAGGGGCGAGCGUACGUCCGACGUGGAGCGGUCCGCCACCGGCUAUCGGUGAAGUGUAAAUAGGAAAAAGAAGAAGAACGUUAGUAGCUGUAGCUAUCCAAAAUAUACACGAGAACCUUAAACUGCUGGUUGAGAGGAGCUUGGCAGUUGCGGAAUGCUUAAUGACGAAUGAUGAAAAUCAACUUUUUAAAAUAUUGGUCUAUUUUAUGUCAAGUGUCACUUGGUUUAACGAAAUUGCUCAUUAUGCAACUUAAACAUUUUCAAUCGAUUCAAUAGAAGUAAGUUUUGUGUAAAGUCAUCUCCGCAAUACGAUGAAAUACAAAAGGAAUGGUUUGGAAUCAAAUCUAGAUUAAAUUUUCAAAAGGUCCUGCAUAGGAAACCCAUGUCUUAUAGGUUGUUUUGAAAUUUUAAUCUAGAAAUAGAGUUUGGGAAAAGUGUUCAUAACUCCAUUAGAAAUAGUUUUCAUCAAAUUUUAAAAAGUUUUUAAAGUUGGUGAACUAUUACGAAAAUGUUGAUAAACAGGAAUUUGUUGAUAGUAUCAAACUGUCAAUGAAGUCAAAUCAGAAAAUGGACUGCAUUUUAGAUUCCUUUGACAAUUUUCCACUAGGUCAGAAACCACUCACUCAUCGCCGAUUAAAUCGUUGCCAAUUGAAGCGCGCAACCAUUCGUGAGCGACUACGACUCGCUAGCAGUCAGUGACUUGUCUAAUCACAUCACACAACGAUGCAAAUAAUUCAUAAAUUUCUUUGCCUACUGCGUUCGUCGAUGACAGUCACAAACAAAUAUGCUCAAAGAGGUAGAGCGGCGUUCACUUUGCCUGCGCUAUCACACUUUGCUGUCAAUUUAAAUUUGACAUGUUGGACAUUGCUGUCAAAUGUGUUUUUGAUGUCGGGUAAACAAAAAAAAUGCAAAAUAUUAAUCAAGAUAAUCAUUGAUAAAAACAGCGCUGAUCGCAAACUAUUUUUAAUCAGCUCGGAGCGACUUAGCGCAGUCGGCCUCUCUGAGUCAUUCGCUGAUUCGAGUGAGAGAGAGAGCAGAAAAUAAUGUUUUCGCUAGACAAAUGGUAGGAACUAAUUAGGCCAGUUUUACAUUACGACCGAUUUGUGUUAACAAAAAUCCUAAUUUUUGGGCUGAUCAUCCUUUUUUGGCAGUUUUUAGAAGAGUUUUUUUUACAUUUUUUUAUUCUUUUCCGCAUAACAUUGCACAGUGGUCCAGGUCGCAAAGUUAAGUUAAAAAUAUAUUUUCCGAAAAAUUGUGAAGUUUUGGAGCUUUGGUGUCUUUAGAAAAGAAGAAUGGACAACUUUUGGUUUGGUUGAAAAUUAGGGUGGUUCACGGGUAAUUUUAGAAAUCUACCUUUUCAGCAAUAUUUUUAGGAUUUUUUUUUUCGUUUUGUAGAAAGCUAUUGUAGAACAACUUUGUCGAAGACACCAAAAUUAUAUCUCGUAAUCUACGCCUUCUACGACCAUAAUUAUAGAAAGCAUCUGAGCAAACCGUAAAAAAUCAGUUUUUUAACGCGGCAAAUCAGGGUUAUGUUUGAGAGAAAAGAGAUAGUCGAUGCACUUUUAGAGCUCUAAAAACGUUUUUUUUUUUUUUUGACAUGUCAAUUUGGACUCAAGGGUCAACAGUUAGAGCCAAUUUAAGAUAAAAAUCCGAUUUAAUCCCAGCUGGGGUGAGAUAGAUUUUUUCUUACAAAAGGAAGAUAACGGCAGGUAUUUUUUAUUUUUUCCAAAUAAAUAGCAAAAUAAAGAAUGGUCUAUUCAUGAAUCGAUUCAAAAAUCAAGCUGAUUUUUUCAUACAACUGAAAAGCGCUGUACUCGCAAACAAGCAUUUUCGAUUUUCAAAAUCAGAACAACUUAUUUUUGGGUCAUAGAAUUAGCUCACCAUUUGCUAUGUUCGUAAUGUUUCCUGCCUAUCGAUAAAUCGUUCGUAUUCUCUGAAUAUUUUUUUCACUUUUCAAAAUAUCGAAUUAACGAGAAAACAAAAUAAUUCCGUCUUGCUUCAGAGCGUUAAAGUGGUUACAAAAUGACUGGCAGAAAAUGUUUCCACACUCGAGAUUUUGCCGUGUUGUAAACGAUGUAACGGUAAAGCUGCUUAAAAGUUCUCGAAAGCUUUAAAACGCCUACUGGAAUUUACUAAACUGACAUUUAGGCAUUAGGCAAGCCAGAAAAUGAUGUAGAAUACAUUUAGGCGUUUUGGGAUAGGGAAGCAUACUGCGACUGAGCGCUCGGUGAGACUUCACCACGACAAACGCAAACGUACCGAGUGAACCACCUUGGCUCAUACGCUGCCGACGAGAAGACGCGUGUCUUGGUGCGCUGGUACGAUGAACCAAAAUACUAACACACAAAUGGGCUCGUACCGAAGCUAGAAAACCAAACCCAUGAAGUGUGCUGUAACUGGCGCAUAGGAAGCUUGGACGCUAACCAGAAAUUCGUUCGCUCAGAGAUCGAUCAGAAAAUGAGUAAGAAAAAAAAAGAAAGGCAAAAGAAUGAGCAUGACGCUUCAGAACGGAUAGCUGCUUGCGUCGUUUUGCGUUCACUGAAGCUUACCAUAGAUAAUCAUGAUCGGCUCCCCUCCCACUAACAUUUACACACAAGAUCCUCUGUAAUUAUUAAGUCAAAUGUAAUUACAAAAGCCGACUCGGUCCUAACCAGGUCCCAGUACCGAAAAGGACCUAAUAAAAAUAAUUUUAUGAGAAAAAAAAAAAAAAAUAGAUAAUCAUGAUAGGCGAUGUGUUAUGAACGAGCAAUCGAUAGGACAACUUGUACAAACAUGGGGUUAUCUAGUAUCAAAACUCUAUACGCGCCAGCAUACAGCGCCAGCAUUACUCGCGUCUGCUUGUGAAGCUCAACAUGAAAAGAUCGAUCGUCCAUGAUUUUUUGCAGAUUUUUCGAAUGAAUAUUUCUCGAGAAAUGAGAAAUGAGAAAUGAUUUUGAGUCGUAGCCAAAAGCAAACCCUAUACCUUCAGAUCCCUUCAAAGAGUAAAUCUGCUCACUGGGAAUACUGACCGGUAGGGGAUGGGUUUCGACUAACGGCGUGCUGGAUUUCCAAUCCAGAGGUCGUGAGUUCGAUUCCCGUACCGGGAUGAUGAAGUUUCUUUCUUAGUAAGAAAGGCAAAAAUGAAAAUUUUCUAAAAUCUGAACGGUAAAUCCGAAUGAGGUCAAAUUUGUUUCAGAACCUCGAUUAUGGUCUAGAUUAUGAUAUGGAGAAAAAAUUAAAUAAAAUGCCUAAGGAACAGUUAAUUGGUUAAAAUUGGCCCCUCAAAGUGAAAUAGUCCAACAGUUGUAAAUCAAGAACCACAUUACCGACAUGGAUGAAAAUUUAGGAGGAUGUAGGGCUCGAAAAAUGCAAUUUUUCAGAACAAUACACGAUUUCAAUAUUUCAAUUUUCGACCGAAUUCUCAUUUGAAAACCACCUGAUCAGGUGAAAACAUACUCAGAGUCCGCUAAAAAAAUUAUUCAAUUCAAAUUUGGUAUAGAACUGGUUCAGGUUCAGCACAUCCCCUUUCGAAUGUGCCCAAGAGUACUUAAAUCCAUAAUGUGGGCUCUGAGAAACCCCUCACCACAAAAUUGAGCACUUUUUUACCACACACGGACGUCACGUGUGCUCUACCGUAAAUUGAUCCCCGAAAUUCCGAUAUUGGAGACAGACCAAUUCUGUCAUUGUCAAUCGAUCGGGCGUCGGGCGUUGCAGAUUUUUUGAAUGAAUAUGUCUCGAGAAAUGAUUUGAUAACGAAGCUUGAUUUUGAGUCGAAGCCAAAAGCAAACCCUAUACCUUUCUUUAGUAAGAAAGGCAAAAAGAUGCAAAUUUAAAACUAUAGAUAAAUAUAGUUUAAUUUUCAAGGGAAACGUGUAUUAGACCGCCCUAACGAAAAUCGAAAAUUGUCCAAAUAUAUUAUUAUUUUGACCGAUGAUUCAGAAUCUACAAUCAGAAUUGAUAAUUUUACAUGAAAACACAAAAUAUGUAAAUAUAAAUUGGUUCAAAGUGUCAUUUUAAAGCUAAAGCUGUUGAAAAAUAAAAUUGGAAUGCAUCAACCCUCAAAAUAUCAAAAUAGUAUUUUGGGCUAACAAUUGCAACGUAAUUUGCGAGUAAAAAGUUGAACAUUUUUAGAGAAUAUCUUUAAAUAAGAGGCUAGUUCCUUAAACAGAGUAAUGGACCAAUCGGCACCAAACUUGGGAUUUCUGUCUGUUGUGAAUAGGUGGUCGUCCUCUCAAAGUUUGGUCCAAAUCGGUAAUGAAUCAAAAAAAAAAAUACUCAGUUAACCUGGCAUGCCAACAUGAAUGAACAAUAUUGUUUUUAUGAAAUUUAUUCUAUGCACAAUUUCUUCAAAAUUAAGGAAUAUUCAAGUCAUGAGGUCAUACAAUAUCCCGCAACCGUCAAUAUCCCAUCUACCAACCAGAGGCCGAGCCUCAAAAAAUGUAGUGUUACACAAAUACAGAAAGUUAGCAACACAAAAUUGUUAGUUGUACUUUCUAAACACGAGAAUCAUCAUAAAAGCUAGUUGACUAGCAAAAUAGUGUACUAGAUAUCCUCGAGAAAAAAUCUUCCUAGGCAAACGAUUUUUGCAGAUCGAAAAAGGUAAAAACUGCAACUCAAAGAGUGAACACGAUGAAAUUAGGAACAAAAAAGAUGAAGAUUAAAACUAUACGGACAAUGCGGGUUACAUUGUGAGAGUAAAGAAGAAAACUGUAGCAAACUUUCAUACAAAAAAUGAGAAAAAUACACAUAGCUACGCUAAACUUGUACAUAGGAAACUAGUAAAUUUUUAAGGUAUAGCAUAAAGACAUAGUAAGAAAAGACUAGCUUAGGAUUAACGAAUAAACUAAAUCAAAGUUACGUUUAUAAGUGAGCGAAAGUGAAAUCAAAAUUGUACAAUCAUUAAUGUUUAAUCAACCACAAAUAGAAAAAAAGAAAAAAUCAAAACAACACCAGCCACACCAAAAAAACAAGUAAACAAAAAGUGUAAGAAAAGAGAGUGUGUCUGUGAGAAAUUGUAACGAAGAUAAGCAAACCAAAAGAAAACAAGUUCCAAAACCAGUAAUACACAAAACAAAAGCAAAGCCAACAACCAAUACCAAGAGCAAUCCGAAUAUUAUAGCAACAAAUGAAAAAAAAAACAAUGAAUAGCAGUUCCGCAAACAAAACAAAUUAAA